CCAGAUGGAUCUCUUAAACGUGAUAAGGAGCAGUGCAGGGAACCGAAAGGACGACGACGCGACAGACCGUCUCAACCACAUCUACACAUCCAUGCUUCUAAUUUUAUUCGCAGUUGUGGUCACCACCAAACAAUAUGUCGGCGAACCAAUAGAAUGUUGGUGCCCAGCACAAUUCACAGGAAAUUAUAUUCGUUAUACAAGCAACAUCUGCUGGGUAAAGAACACUUACUACAUAUCCAUGGACGAAAUGGUCCCCGAGACCAACAGCCUGAAGGACAAGCCUCAACUGCGGUACUACCAAUGGAUGCCUUUCAUUCUACUCGGAUUGGCACUUUUUUACCAACUCCCAUGUUUAUUUUGGAGGGCGAAUAACGAGAGCAGUGGAAUGAAUUUGGACAACAUAAUAAACAUAUCAAUCCAGUACAUCGAUGCAGGGAAUAUGGACACUAAGGACAACUGUGUGAAGAUGCUUACUAAACAUUUUGACCGUUAUUUGGAGAUGAGGAAGCGGUGGAACAGGCCUAACACCAGGAGGGUUGAUUUUGUGAAGGAAAUAAUGCGGGCUGCCUGCGUUUGUACAGGCCGGAAGUACGGAAACUACAUCACAUUGUUGUACGUUACCACAAAGAGCAUGUACCUAUUAAAUACAGUGGCACAGUUCAUAUUGAUCGACAUGCUUUUGUCAAAUGGAGUAGUAAAUGGGUAUGGAAUCAGAUUGGUCCAGAAUUUCAUAAAUGGGGAAAGUUUUAAGGGGUCCUAUUACUUCCCACGAAUCACAUUGUGUGACUUUAACGUGAGGGAGAUGGGAUAUGAAGUCAUAGGUCAUCGAUACACAGUGCAAUGUGUGUUGUCGAUAAAUUUAUUCUCAGAGGCAAUUUUUGCAUUUUAUUGGUUUUGGCUGAUAAUGGCAGUCUGUUUCAAUGCCUUUAGUUUGUGCAAGUGGGUUUGGUAUUCGCUGUUCAAAAGUGACAGUAUUAACUACAUCAGGAAGCACAUUCGGGAUGAACUGAUUGAUGAGGGGGAUAUGUAUUCCACUCUUAGGGACUUUGUCCUCAACUAUUUGAGGUCUGAUGGGGUUUUUGCCAUGAGACUUAUUUCACAUAAUUCUACGGAUAUUGUCGUUACUGAUCUUGUCAGUGCUAUGUAUGAAAAUUUCAAGAUUAGAAAAUCUGCUCUCGAGCCUAGUGACACUGGGGUGCCCUACGAGAAAAAUAUACUCUUAAAUUAACUCGUUCUCUUUCUUGUUUUGAAUACUCUAUA